CUCCUGCAGGGCAAACCGACCAAUCAACUACAUCUCCCACAAGUCUUUGCUCCUUCCUCCAAUCGCUGCCGCUUCAUGUGUUUUUGCCAGGAGAGCAGAAAUUCCGGAGUUUGGAGUCCAAAGAGUUGAGUAACGCAGAGGAAGUGUUACCCGUCAGGACCACCGAGUGUGUGUGAGACUUCAGCGGGGGUUCAGGUGGCAGGAUGUGGGCUCGGUUGCUGGUUGGGGUCGGGGGUUCGGGGCUCAGGUUGCGGGCUUCCAGGGACGGUUUGCUGCGGGUCGCUGGUGCUGGAUGUGCGGGGAAGAAGCAGCAGCAGCAGCAGAGACACGCUUCAAGUGCAGAGGCUGCCUUGAAGAGGACUCCGCUGUUUGACUUCCACAGGGAGCAUGGAGGAAAGAUGGUGGAGUUUGCGGGCUGGAGUAUGCCCGUCCAGUACAAAGACAGUCACAUCGCCUCACACAUGCACACCAGAGAGCACUGCUCCAUCUUCGAUGUCAGCCACAUGCUGCAGACCAAAGUCCAUGGCAAAGACAGAGUGAAGUUCAUGGAGUCUCUAGUGGUUGCGGAUAUUGCAGAACUCAAGGACAACCAGGGUACGUUGACCCUCUUCACCAAUGAGAAAGGAGGGAUUAUUGACGACCUGAUAGUGACAAAGACGGACCAGGGCUACCUCUACGUCGUCUCCAACGCUGGCUGCGCUGACAAGGACUCUGCUAAUAUGAAGGCCAGACUGGCAGAGUGCAAAGCGGCAGGUUUUGAUGUGGAUCUUGAGUUCCUUGAUGAAGCGCUGAUUGCUCUGCAAGGUCCGUCCAUGUCUCAGGUGCUCCAGGAGGGGCUGAAGGAGGACCUUAGUAAGCUGACCUUCAUGACCUCCACCCUGGCCACUGUGUUUGGUGUUCAGGGCUGCAGGGUCACCCGCUGUGGAUACACCGGAGAGGACGGAGUGGAGAUCUCUGUACCUCAGUCCAGAGUGGUGGAGCUGACGGAGAAGCUGCUGGGUAACAGCGAGGUGAAACUGGCCGGUCUGGGGUCCAGAGACAGUCUGCGGCUAGAGGCAGGGCUUUGUCUCUAUGGCAACGACAUUGAUGAGACCACCACGCCUGUGGAGGCCACCUUAGUCUGGACCAUAGGAAAGCGUCGGCGUCAGACCAAGGAUUUCCCUGGUGCUGACAUCAUCAUACCUCAGAUCAAAGCCAAAACAGCCAGGAAGAGAGUUGGUCUGGUGUCAACUGGUCCCCCCGUCAGACAACACACACCCAUACUCAGCCCCGACGGAAAGGUCAUAGGUGAGGUGACCAGCGGCUGCCCCUCUCCCUGUCUGAAGAAGAACGUUGCCAUGGGUUACGUGGAUGCCGCAUUUGCUAAGAAUGGAACAGCCAUCCAGGUUGAGGUCCGGAAAAAAGCAGUGCCCGCCACCGUCAGCAAGAUGCCCUUCGUCCCCACCAACUACUAUUCUGGAUAGGAGGGACACACAUGCAAACACUUCUACACACACACAAACACACACACAUACACACAUACAUACACUAACACUGGACCAUUCCUCCACUUUGUCCCACAUUCACCAGUGCAGCCCACUUCAGAACACCAGUUUAACUAACUGUAGACUGAAACGUCUUUACAGAUGAGUCCUCUGAGAGAAGAAAAACCCAAAUUAUAAACCGGAAGACUUA